UCACCGCAGGAAGUACAAAUUUGUCUCCUGUUGUUGUCUUUUUAAUGGAGCGGUCUCGUUUCCGACGACAAAGGAACACAAGAAGUCGCAGUACAAUCGUACGUUUACAUGUAUCCGAUUUGAUGUGAUUUAGCUAUCCUGCUGCACUGAAACGCGCUUUCCAGUGCCGCAUGGAAGGAAAAGAGUUCUGGACCCGUCCGAAAGUAGAGCAGCUCUGUGAACUAUGGAAAACAAAGGCCUCGCUGUACAACCCAGAUCAUGAAUACCCUGACAGGUGGCAGAAAAGACGCGAUUCUGAAGAAAUUGCUCAACAUUUAGGCACAACUGUAAGAGAGCUCCUGAAAAAAAUGAAGAAUUUAAGAACUCAAUAUGGCAGAGAGAGACGAAAGACCUGCUUUUCCCUUGCCGACAACUGUGAUGUGUCUUCAUCCAAGUGGUACCUGCUGUCUAUGCUGAGAUUUCUGGAUCAGUCGGAUGCCUCCGCCUCUAGUGUAGAGGCUGUACAGGCAAAGACACCGCAGUGGGAAGAACAAGUUGCUGUGACUGCCCUUCACAAUCAAGAGCAGCAAUCUGGAGCAACCUUCAGUGGGACGACCGACUGUACAUUUCAUGAGAUCAUUGUGGAGGUAAUGGACGAUGUGCCGGACCCACCAAGGAGUGGUCAAACCGUGGCUGUUGCCAGAAAGCGGAUGAGGCCGGCCAACGAAGAUGUAUCGGACGUCGGAAGCGGCAAGGAGCGAGACGCCCUCGAUAUCUUCGGCAAAUUUGUAGCUUCGGAACUGAGGCUUAUGGAAAACGUACAGAUGCAGAGACAGGCGAGACUCCGUAUCCAGAAGGUUCUGUUGGAUGUGCAGUUGGGAUCGGCGGUUCCUACCCCCCUCCAUCACGAGUACAGCCUGAUAAACACGCCAAGCAGCAAUUAAACGGGAGUAAAACCUGGACCGUGCCUAAACCUGGAACAUUGGCUGCUGUAAAAACAUCCGCUCCGGCCUCUGGGUUUUACUUUGUGCAGUUAUCUGGCUUACCCAGUAAUCCUGCUUUGUGGAACAGGGCUCUGGCCAAACUACUCAUAUUUUAAUCAGCCUGAAUCCGUGCCCCUCUACCUCUACUGAAAGACUGAGGCAGCACUUUGGCUCAUGAAGGCUGGCAUCCGAUGCCGCUAAAAAGGGCCCCAGCAGUGGGUGGAUAUAGGUUUUCUGAAAUUAGUUCAUACAAGAUCAGAAUUUUCUGCUAUUUCAAGUCUGAGACAAUGUUAGUGGUAGUUGAAUUUUGUCUAAAAAUUACUUUAUACAGUGUUGAUAUUAUUAUUGCCUCCAAUUCCCAUAAAUCUGAAAAGUGCUUGUUAACAGUUUAUUAUGCACCACAGGGUAUUGACUUGUCAUUCAUUCUAUGAAUCCAGUCUUACUUUAUUUGGUCAUGUAUUAGUAACCAAGAUAAAUUACAGCUUUUUUUGAAAUGUUAACCCACACAUUUCUGCAAGUCUGUGUAGAUUUGUAUGAACAGCAAAAAGAAAACACGCAUCUGAAAAUACACUGAGCAUCUCAUAGGAUUAAAUGUGUGCUUCCCCUCAUAUUAGCAGGAACACACUGUUGUUUAAUUACUCAGAUUGACCGGUGUGUUCAGGUAGAACAGAGAUCUGGAUUCUGAAACACUAAUGCACACGUACCUGCAGAACCACCUUACGAUUUUUCUGGUGCACAGCGGAAUUCAUGGUCAUAGAUCGGCCUGCUGGAUGUUCUGGGAUCUUUUGCAACUUCCUGGAUGAUUUGUCUCUACAUCCUUGGAGAAAUUUUGGCAGGCUGGCCAUUCCUGGGAAGAUUCAUCACUGAUCCAAAUGUUCUUCAUUUUGAGAGAGUGGCUCUCUGGUUUGGUGAGGUCCAAGAGCCUGAGAAAAGGCUUUGGAAUGGCCUCAUCACAGCCUUUAUUUGAACCCAAUAGAGAUGCUGUUACAUCUGAAGCAAGAAGUUCAUGCUUGAAAACAUACCAAUUUGUCUGAAUUAAUGCAGUUCUGCAGAGAAGAGUUGACAAAGUCCUCAAAAGCAAUAUUAAAGACUUCAGAAAUUA